AUGCAGCUCCUGGCACCCCUCACCCUCUACCUGAGCCUCUGGACAGGGCUCAGCACUGCUGUCAUCCCAGUGGAGGAAGAGGAUCCAUCCUACUGGAACAAGCAGGCAGCUGAAGCCAUCGAGACUGCCUUCAAGAUCCAGCCCAGGAUAAGCCAAGCCAAAAACCUCCUCCUCUUCCUCGGGGAUGGAUUUGGGAUCCCCACCAUCACGGCCACCCGCAUCCUAAAGGGGCAGGAGCAGGGGAAGCUGGGCCCUGAGACCCCCCUCGCCCUGGAUGCUUUCCCCUACAUAGCUCUUUCCAAGACGUACAACGUGGACCGGCAGGUCCCCGACAGCGCGGGGACAGCCACAGCCUACCUCUGCGGGGUGAAGGGCAACUACCAGACGGUGGGGCUGAGCGCGGCCGCCCGCUACUCCGAGUGCAACACCACAGCGGGCAACGAGGUGGUCUCGGUGCUGGAGAGAGCCCGCAACGCCGGGAAGGCGGUGGGCAUCGUGACGACGACGCGGGUGCAGCACGCCUCGCCCUCGGGGACCUAUGCCCACGUGGUGAACCGCAACUGGUACUCGGAUGGCAGCAUGCCUGCCGAGGCACUCCAGCAGGGCUGCAAGGACAUCGCCUGGCAGCUGGUCCACAACGUCGACAUCAACGUGAUCCUGGGGGGCGGCAGGAAAUACAUGACCCCCGUGGGGACGCCGGACCCCGAGUACCCCGCCUACGGCUCGGAAAACGGGACACGUGAGGAUGGCAAGAACCUCAUUGACAUGUGGCUGGAAGCACGGCCGGGUGCCCGCUACGUCUGGAACAAGACGGAGAUGCUGAGUGCCGCCGCUGACCCCAACAUGACGUAUUUGAUGGGGCUCUUCGAACCCGCUGACAUGAAGUUCGACCUGGUGCGUAACACCACGCUGGACCCCUCGCUCACCGAGAUGAUGGAGGCGGCCAUCACCAUCCUCAGCAGGAACCCCAACGGCUUCUACCUCUUUGUGGAAGGUGGCAGAAUUGACCACGGCCACCACAAUGGCGCAGCCCAGCAGGCGCUGACGGAGGCGCUGGAAUUCGACCGGGCCAUUGCGCGGGCGGGAGCCCUGACGGACGAGGCGCAGACCCUCACCGUCAUCACCGCCGACCACUCGCACGUCUUCUCCUUCGGCGGCUACACCCUGCGCGGCUCCUCCAUCUUCGGCCUGGCUCCCAGAAAAGCUCUUGAUGGGAAGAACUACACGUCCAUCCUCUACGGGAAUGGGCCAGGCUACCAAGGCGUGGAGCGGCCUGACAUGGACAGUGACACAGUUGAGCAGUAUGACUACUUGCAGCAGGCUGCCGUGCCCCUCCAGUCGGAGACCCACGGCGGCGAGGACGUGGCCAUCCUGGCCAAGGGCCCCAUGGCCCACCUCUUCCACGGGGUGCAGGAGCAGACCUACGUCGCCCACGUCAUGGCCUACGCCGCCUGCCUCGAGCCCUACACCGACUGCCGCCAGCGGGACUCUGCCCCCAGCAGCCGCACCACCCCCCCGGCCCUGCUCCUGCCCACCCUCCUCCUGCCCCUCCUCCUGCCCCUCUUGCACUGA